CUGUGUGUCGCUAACGAGAGAGUCCGACAAACUAGACGGGGAAAAAGGCAACCCGGGGGAUAAAACGGAACAUGCUGCUACGUGAUCGUCGGACCCGUCCCUGAACAGAGAGACACUGGCCAAGAAGCGAGAGCUACUCGGAGUGUCAACCCGCAGAAACCUGAUAUUCGGUAGAUGCCUUUUGAGAGCCGCUGGCCCGAAUCAGCGUGGAACCAUACAAAGGCACAUGGAAUGUGUGACAUGUUCAUCCAAACACAGCAGGCAAGCAGCGUCAACGGCAGCAGCAGCAGCAGCAGCAGCAGCAGUAACAACACCGUUCACCACCACAGUAAGAAACGCAAGUUGGAGUACAACGUGAGUCAGCCGGUAAUCCAACACGCAUUGGUCCAAUCGACCGGCGACUACCAAUUAGACAAUACCGGUCUACAACAACGGUAUUCCGUGAACGGUGCUAAUACCGCAUUUAGCUCGCUGCACAACAAUAAUGCGCUGCAGAAGAGUAGCCCGAACCAACAGACCCUGGUACGAGCCUCGACGAUCAAGCUCUUAGACACGUACCAACGUUGCGGCCAGAAGAGAAAAACUUGGUCGAGGGAGGGUAAUGGUGACGGCUUGGCAGUCCACUCCGCCAACGCGACGAACGCAGUGGGUAGUACUGUAGUAUCGCAGCACCAUACACAACAGCAACAACAGCUGCAACAACAACAGCAGCAGCAGCAACAACAGCACAAGCAGACAGGCAUGACGGCCCAUAGCAAACAAGUAACUAACGCUGCCAAUGGAGGCGGUGGCAGCAAUCCCCAAGGAGACGGAGAUUAUCAAUUGGUACAGCACGAGGUUCUUUAUUCUAUGACUAAUCAAUACGAAGUCCUCGAAUUUUUGGGCAGAGGUACUUUUGGACAGGUUGUAAAGUGCUGGAAAAAGGGAACCAAUGAAAUAGUAGCCAUCAAAAUUCUGAAGAACCAUCCAUCGUAUGCGCGCCAAGGACAGAUUGAGGUCUCCAUCCUGUCUCGACUCAGUCAGGAGAAUGCGGAUGAGUUCAACUUUGUGCGCGCCUAUGAGUGUUUUCAGCACAAAUCCCAUACCUGUUUGGUCUUUGAGAUGCUAGAACAGAAUCUGUAUGAUUUCCUGAAACAGAACAAAUUUUCACCUCUGCCGCUCAAAUACAUCAGACCGAUUCUCCAACAAGUACUCACCGCUCUUUUGAAACUUAAGCAAUUGGGGUUGAUUCACGCUGACCUUAAGCCGGAAAACAUUAUGUUGGUGGAUCCAGUUCGUCAGCCUUAUCGUGUGAAAGUUAUUGAUUUUGGGUCAGCCUCCCAUGUGUCGAAAGCUGUCUGCAACACGUAUUUGCAAUCGCGAUACUACCGUGCACCAGAAAUUAUACUUGGACUUCCAUAUUGUGAAGCAAUAGAUAUGUGGUCGCUUGGCUGUGUGGUUGCGGAAUUGUUUUUAGGAUGGCCUCUAUACCCUGGUAGUUCAGAAUACGAUCAGAUUCGAUACAUAAGUCAGACACAAGGCCUACCAACGGAACACAUGUUAAACAAUGCCAGCAAAACAACAAAAUUCUUUUACAGAGACAUGGACAGUACAUAUCCAUUUUGGCGCUUGAAAACACCGGAAGAGCACGAGGCUGAAACUGGUAUCAAAUCGAAGGAAGCGAGAAAGUAUAUUUUUAACUGUCUCGAUGAUAUUGGUCAAGUUAAUGUCCCGACUGAUUUGGAGGGUGGUCAACUUCUGGCAGAAAAAGCAGAUAGAAGAGAGUUCAUUGACCUCUUGAAGAGGAUGCUCACAAUGGACCAGGUAGAGCGUCGUAUAACACCUGGGGAGGCUCUGAACCAUGCCUUUGUCACGCUGGCCCACUUGAUCGAUUAUGCACAUUGUAACAAUGUUAAAGCUUCCGUCCAAAUGAUGGAGGUUUGCCGACGAGCUGGUGACUUUACUGGAAGUCCAGCGCAUCACCAAGCUCCUCCAGCACCUCAACCACCUCCACCGACGUCAUUGGUAGCUAAUUUCGUGCCGACGACGAACGGUAGUGCCGUAACAUUUACCUUCAAUAAUCAGUUGACAAACCGAUUGGUUAGAGAGCACCGGACGCAAACAGGAUAUGACAAUCUGUAUCAAAUAUACAGCAAUAGUAGUCGUCGUGCUACUCAGUACAGUAGCUCGUCUAGCGGAUCAAAUAGUGGACGAAGUGGAGUGCACGAUUUUCCGCAUCAAUUGGUGCCUAGUCUACUAUGUCAUCCACCCAGUUAUCAGACGAUGCCAAGUCCUGCAAAGCACGUAGUUGUUGCCCAACCUCCGCAAGCGCAACAAGGUCCGUUACAAAUCCAACCAUCGAUUAUAUCGCAGCAGGCUGUUGCUGCUGCAGCUGCAGCUGCUCAACAACAGUAUGCAGCAGUUCCCGUGUCUAUGGUGGAAACUGGGCGACAAAUGUUAUUAACCAAUGCUGUGCAAACUUCUUGGCCAGGUGGAAGUCGUCAAAUGGCUGCUAUCGUACCAUCUUGGCAGCAGUUGCCACCGCAACAUGCAGCCAUACAGCAGCCGUUGUUGAGCGAUGCUGGAGAUUGGGGAAGACCUCUUAUCGUCGAUAGUUCUGCUAUUCUGCAGGAUCAGCGGCCAGUGUUUCCUGUCACGGAAGUAUACAAUACUAGUGCCCUUGUUGAACAUCCUCCUCAAGGUUGGGGCAAGCGUAGUGUUACAAAACAUCAUCAGCAUCAUGUGACGGUACCUCAGCAGUCUCAGCACAGGCACGAGCAUAAGAAAGAAACGCAACAAUUGAGUCCGGUGAAAAAGAGGGUAAAAGAAAGCACACCACCGAGCAACAUGAGACGGCAUUCACCUUCAAACGGUCAUUGGCAACAGCAACCAAUGCAGCAACAUCAUCACAGCAGCAAACACAGCAGUAGUCAUAACGUGGAACACCAUCAAGUUACAUCUGGUCGGCAGCAAACCAUUACAAUUCACGAUACACCAUCGCCAGCAGUUUCUGUUAUCACGAUCAGUGAUAGCGAAGACGAAACGCCGGGCAAAUGCUGUGGAGAUCGGCAAUGCGGAGCCUGUCAAAAUUUGGCAACUCGCCUGUCUGGCGAUGGGCGUCCAGUCCGCGAGGAAGUCAUUCGAAGCACACAGUCAACACCACGCGUGGUUCAACCGAUGCAACAAACGCAUUCGAGUAGUCAGUCACAUACUAACGGUCACAUAUCGGCGCAUAGUACGUCUCAAAGAACGCCACGGAAAAAUAUUAUCAGUUGUGUAACUGUCGGUGAUAGCGAUGGCGAAGCUAGUCCAGGUCGAGCGCAUAAUCAUCUGUACCAACAUUUACCGCAACAUCAACCUCAGCAUCAACAAACUACGCAGUUAAUUAAACACGAACCCCAACAACAACAUCACGUCAGCAGCAGUUCUGGAUAUUCGUCUCAAUCGCAAAAGAAACGUUUAUUGGCCAAAGUACAGUCCGAAUGCAAUAUGGUGAAUGUCGCGACGAAACCGGAGCCCGGCGUUGAGUACCUUGCACCACAUCCGUGUCACGCGCCAGCCUGUAAAGAGCCACCGACCUAUCAGGACGACGCCUAUGACAUACAUGACUACUUCUUGCAGUAUGUGACCACGAGUAGCGCGCAUCCCCACCUUCAAGAGCAGCAUAUCGUGUAUACGACCGGCACGGACAAGCGGGUAUCAUGGCCUGGAAAAAGAGCUGAGUACAAACACGAGUACGUUCAACCACCGGCUGCUCAUUCCAGAGACCAUCAAAAAUGGGCGGUAGCGAAUACUGUGCAUCAGUAUAGGCAGAGCCAGGUGGUGGGUUCGGCAGCCCAUCCGGGUCAUACCCACAGUCAUCAUGGGCAUCCGGCCCACCUCAGUCCUGGGGGCGGCGGCGGGGGCAGAAGUCCUGCAGGGGGGCCUGUAAUAGGAAGUGCCCAGCAUCUGGGGCAGCCCCUAUAUCAAGAAUACGCUCAUGUACGUUCAAGAGCCCAUGCCGUGCCACCCCCGGUAUACGUAACCGCGGCGCCUUCUCAGGCUCCUACUGCUAUCCAGCAGCAACAAGUGCCCACCUAUCAGGGAUUCACACCCGGCUCGUCUCCAUUAACGUUGUAUGAUUCUAGUCGAGCGUUGCCACCACCAGCUCAUCACAGCUCGGCCAGACCGUUGCUAGCAAGUCAUGCAGCGCAUCCACUGCCUGCACAUAUGCAGCCAACAGCCGUUUAUGGAUUGGCCCCACUUUCACCGGCCAAACAUCAAUAUCAACCUUCUGGUUUGUGGUUCACCGACUAAAUUAUUCCUCUGUCUAGUUUCAGAAGAAAGAACAAAAAUUAUUAAACGGCGUGUGAGCACUAAUCCUCGCCGCCUGCCUGCUUUCUUUUUUUUUUUUUUUUUUCCCUCUCUAUUUUAUUUUAUUUUAUUUCAUUUUUUUUUUUCUUAAACAAAAUUUUACAAGAUUGAGAAAUAACCAGUCGCAUCAAAGACAGAUGGAACGAAAGGAAAAAGAGAGCUCGUCAUCCUUGUCGCAUUCAUUCUUUGCGAACGUGUUUUUUUACUAGCGAACGAGGGGGACAUUUCGCGAUACUAUUGAAAUCGCAGAUUAAAACACUAGGCUUAAUGUCGUUGCGAAAAGAAGAAAAGUAAAUUUCACGACUGAAAAAGACUCGACCGAGUCCCAGGACAAAAUCGAAGUCGUUCUUCAACUUAACUUUUUGACAAUCCGUCCUUAAACAGCGAUAUUGCCCCCUUCGAACUGCCUGUCUGUGCUGUCGCGUGGAAAAAAAAAGGGAUGUCAGAGAUUUAUUAUGCAUAAUUUCGAUCGAAAGGGGAAGGAAAAUGAACAUGGCUCCGAGGAUUGAUAGACUGAUCGCGUUUGCGUCGCGUCCUAAUACUUUCAUUAGCAUGCAUGAUUGUCAUACGCUUAUCGUGAAACGUAUCGUCUUUUUCCUUUCGUUUCCCAGCGAAGUGAAUAUCGUAUUCGAAAUGAAAAAUAACGAACAAAAAAAAAAAAAAAAAAAAAAAAAAAAAAAAAAGAAAAAGAGGAAAGAGAACGAUCGAAAGAAGAAGCUUUUCGAUGCUUCUCGUUGCGCAAUCGUUUCCUCAGUGAACCAUUAUCUUGAUGAUUUCGUAGUCACAUUAUUCUUCUCAAUAUUAUUUGACAAUCCAUGUAUAAUUUUGUCCGACUUAGACAGCGCAUAUAUGUGGCAGUAUAUAUAUUAUGUAUUUGACAAAGUUGUUUUGUAUGUUUUCGAACAGAGCGGUAGCGCUGCCGCGCCAAAGGAAAAUUUAUACAAAAGAGUUUCGUCGUGAACGUUGCCUAGUAUUAUGCGCAGUUUAAGCAGACAAAAUGAAAGAUGAUCGAGGUCGGUGAUUUGGCAAAAUUGUUCUGCCAAAAUGGUUCAACAGUGAACUAAUUAUCUUUUAUUAAAGUUCAGCGUUAAAAGAAAUCAAUUUUCUUUGUGAAAUAAUGACGACCCGUCAUAUUUUUAAUGCUCGUUAAGAAAGUUAAUCUUAACGCGGCUAAAAUCCAACGGCUAUUGGCCAACGAAAUUUUCGUUGGACCUGAGAUUUUUGUUAUCGAGCGUGUGACAACGCCUCGACGUAUUUUAAAAGCGUUUUCUUUCAAACGGGCUAUCAAUGAGGAUUCCCGUUCUUUAUAUCUUAUAAUUCAAAAGGAGCUGAUCAAUUACACACGUACACACACAAUCAUAACACGACACAUUGAUUUCUUAUAAAAUGUGUUCUGAGUUUUGUCGUUGGAUUUAUUUCACGAUGUGUUGUAGGUAUGUUGAUGUAAUUCCAAUGUAAGUAGUCCUCUCUCGGAGGAUGUAGCAAAGUGUGUUUGGGUUUAUAAUCGAUUUCUUCUAUUUCGAUUUUGUUUGGAACAUGUUUGUAAAUAUGUUUGAUCGUAUGGUGAAACUUGUAUUUGACAAAUGCUGCGCCUCCUCGCAGCAGCUUCAUUAUUUAUUUUUAUUGUACAAUUACUCUUUAUUUUCUUCGUCAUAACUAUUACUAUUACUAUUGUCAUUACUAUUGCUAUCAUUACUAUUAUUAAUUGCAAUUAGGCAUCACUGAUAGAUAUUUGCACUAACAGUUCGUAGUUUCUUUUUCGUAGGUAACCACGUUCGCGUUAGAAUUUGCAUUAGGUUCGUUUUAAAUGAGAUUUCGUUGCACUCGCAACAUUCUUGAGCGAUUCAGCAUUAAACUUCUUUCUCUUCUCGUCUGUUGCGUUUCAAUGUUUUGCAUUUUACCGAGGAUUAUUAGUUAAAGGAAUGUACGUGUCGACGUACGUUGCACAAAUCUGCGGUACACAACGAUUAGCACGGACAACAAGGGGAGAUGUGUGUGUAACAAUACGCGAGAAUUUGCGUAGGGUGAGAAAGAAACGAAACGAAAUACAUGCAUAUUCGAUUAUCAUCGCGAUCUUAGCUGUUUCGUCGGAGAAGAAGCCUUCGUUUGCAAAUAUUUGUUAAUAAUGUCAGACUGCACACAUUUCCUUUUUCCUUCAGCGUACAUUCGAUUCCUCUUGUUAUGAUGAGAACGCCAAUGGAGCAAACGGUGUUUAGCUUUAUCCACUUUCGUUUCUUCACCUUCGUCGGAUCAUGUUCUUCCUUCUCGCACUUUUUUUCACGUCAGUAUAAAGAAAGCAAUUUCUAAUAUCUCAUUAAGGGAAAAGAAGAAAAAAAAGCUAUAUAUAUACAUAUAUACAUAUACGGUAUAUAAUUGCAAUUCUUCGAACACAUAGCAUUCGAUGUACAUGUGCAUGCCCAGGAUGUCGAUUUGUACAUAAUAAUAUCGCGAGUGGUUCUCUUCCUACAUUUUAAAUGUUCGAACAGCUAUUAAGAGUGGAUUUGUACACAUAAUUUUACAAUUCGCGAAAUACUUUU